CAUAAUCGAGGAUCAGUUGGAAAAUCUCGUUGGAAAAUUUCGUAGAACAGUUGAACGACUUUUCCGGUUCGUUAUGGUCGUACUGGAUCGGGUGUGAUAAACCUGUGACGUCACCGUGAUCCCUUAACGUCAUCAUGAGACCCAUGCAUAAGAUGGCGCCCCAAGAGGACAGACUCGGUAAAAGUCCAUACGUAAACAUCCCUCCUAAUAAAAAAGACGAAGAAGAAGAAGAAGAAGGACCCCAAUCAAACCCUAUUAAGAAAUACAAGACCCUUAUGGGGUUAGAGUUCGAGACCCCAUUGUAUUAUGGAAACAUCAUCGGCAUAGCCCUGUUGCAUUUGAUCUCGCUCUAUUUCUGUUUUAAGUUCGACUAUCCUCGGAAAAUUCCGGAGAUUCUUUGGGGGCUGGUAGUGGGGGGUAUCGGAGGUUUUGGGGUCACCGCCGGGGCCCAUAGGUACUGGACCCAUAAGUGUUUUAAGGCCAAAUUGCCGCUGAAGUUGAUCUUGUUGGCAUGCUAUUCUGUGGCUGGACAGAAUACGUUACGUGAAUGGGUUAGAGACCAUCGGGUGCACCACAAGUUCAGCGAGACAGACGCAGACCCCCAUAACGCCAACCGGGGGUUCUGGUUCGCUCAUGUGGGGUGGUUGUGCAUGCGAAAACACCCCGAAGUUUACCGUAAGGGUCGUACCGUGGACCUAAGCGAUAUCACUGGGGAUCCCUUGCUGGAGUUCCAUCGAAGACACUGGAUGUGGUUCAAGCUCCUGUUCUGUUUCCUUAUUCCGACCGCGGUUUUACCGUUAAGUUGUGGCCGAUCCUGGACCUCCGCCUUCCAAGUGAAUCUGGCAAGAUACUGUCUUAACCUCAAUUUCACUUGGGCGGUCAAUAGUUUCGCCCAUAUCUGGGGAAAUAAACCGUAUAACAGGUAUAUUCAACCGGUGGAGAACAAGCUGGUGUCCAUAGUAGCCAUGGGGGAGGGUUGGCACAACUACCACCACUCGUUCCCGUGGGAUUAUCGGGCGGCGGAAAUUGGGGCGCCCUUUAACGUCACGACCCUUUGGCUGAAUUUCUUCGGGAAACUGGGGUGGGCCUACGAUAUGAAGACGACCAGUGCCGAGUUGGUGGACAAGAUGGCGGACAGUAAAGGGGAUGGAACUCGUAUUACUAGAUAAUUUUUUUUUGUACUUUGUAUUGAAAAUUAUUAAUAAAUAUAUUAUUGUCUAUUA